CUUGUUUAUUCUAUGCGAAAGCGAUGCUCUUUACUUAGGUCCUGAGGAAGUUGUGGGCUGGAAAGGGCGGCCCUUCUCAGCUCUGGGCAGGAAAGUAUAACUGUUUCGCCCUCGCCAUCCGUAAAAAAAAACACUCGCCUUCGCUCUCACCUCUCAGCAACCUCAUCCGCCACAUUUGUACCAGUGUUGUAUUCUCCAAACCUCACACUAUCGUUAUUCGUAAACGAGACCCAUCGCCAUGGCAGGCCCCAGCUCUGUAGCAGAAUCACUCCAGCCCUCCGGCAUGCCCGAACACGAUCUUACAAAGGUUGAAGGUCUCCACAGUUAUAUAAACGCAUGCGUCCCCGGCUACGAGAGCUGUAAUGUUCAGCGUCUCGAUGGCGGCACUGCCAACCAUGUGUACCGCAUGGAACUGGCCUUUGGAGUCGGCACUAUCUUCAAGCACGCCACAGACCAGCUCGCCUCCGACCCUAGUCAUACUCUGGAUGCCUCCCGGAUGGACUUUGAGGCUGGAUUCCUGGAGAGAUUGUUGGAUGAGGAGAGGCUAGCGAGUCCGUCUGAUGAUUCUCGACCUUGCUGCGCUAUGCAAGGUUACGCAAGGGUACAGAUCAAGCAGACGCAUACGCAUCCAGUGGCUUUCAAGUCUUACCACAAACACAGAAAGCUUCUCAACCUUGAGGACGGCGGACCGAUCAAUCUCAAGGAUGCGUACUCUAAGCUCAGCAGAGACGACAUCGAGGAGAUUGGCACAGAGCUGGGUACAUGGCUGGCUAACUUCCACGAAAAUACAGACAAGACUCACGUUACUUCUGCUAUGCCAGGUCACAGCAACAACACAACCGGCAUAGCAGUGUGCCGUCACUCCUAUGAGAACCUGCCUGAUGUAGUCGUAGCGCAAGGACAUGACCCAAGUGUUGCUCGUCUGAUCAACGAAGAAGUUGGCAGCUUAUUCAAGAGCGACGAUGAAUGCGUCUGCCAUGGCGACUUCUGGCCCGGCAAUAUCUUGUUACGGAGCGCCAUGUCAGACCAAGGGCCAUUCACAUUGACGGUCAUUGACUGGGAGAUGGUUCGCAUCGGCAGCAGUACAACGGAUGUGGGCCAGUUCGCGGCUGAAGCUUUCCUUCUCGAUUCUUUCAGGGGUGAAAAAGGCCUUCACGCUGCCUUCAUGAAUGCGUAUGCAGCGGCAAGAACGUCCAUACAGAUUGACCAUGCUUGGCUGUUAGGAGUUGCAGUACACUUUGCCGUCCACCUCGCUUUUUGGCCGGCACGCAAGGUACAUUGGACGAGAGAGGAGGAUACGCUGAAGAUAACAUCCAUUGGCACAAGUGCACUCCGCAUGUUGGAAGAUAUAGUGUACAUAUCGCCAAACCCAUCGAGCUGGAGUGUUUUUCGAUUCCCUGAGACGUGGAACGUAAAGGAAUAUGUGGAAUGGCUUAGAAAGAGUAAUCGGAGAGACAUCCGCAAGCGCAUACGAUCCAAGAGAUUUGGCAAGAAGCGGAAGGAUAGCAAGCUAUUUGUGGAAACGGAGGAGACUGAUGGCAAUAGUUCCGAUGAAGCACCCGAUUAGCAGCGAGGGGUUCGGAAGCUGCAGCAUUCCUGCAGGGCUUUCUGGCGGCUUGAUUGAGCAGCUCGAGGACAUAUUGUGGCUACAAGGUUUGGCUAGGCUAAUCUUUGAAUGCUCGAGACGAUUGAUAAUCUCAUGGCUUCAGAUUGAAUGUAC